AUGUUUUCUCUCUUUUCUCUCUUUCCAACAUUUAUUAUAUUCACAGAUUUUCUUGACACUCGCGUUUUGUUACCUUCUGAUGCAUCCCCUUCACAAUGUCCAUCCGGAUUAGCUAAGGCCAUAUCGCCGAAAUUACUCUCUACUAUUAAACACGGUUAUGAACACGAUGAACCUCCCUCUCAUAAGCACAUCGCGAAUCAAGAACUUUCAUUUCAUACGAGUGUCAUUGACAUGACAAUAUUAGCAUCUUCUAUGUACUCUCUUGGUCUGCAAAUAAAUCCUUUUGCUUCGGGUAGAACAACCAUUUACAAGCAAGCAACACACAACUGGGCUUUUCUCUGGGAGAUAUUGUUUGGAGAAUACUUGUUUUAUCAGAACAUUGGCCAUUUCAAAUUUGCAUGUGGUAAAAACCCAUAUACAGAAAAUGCAAACACAUCCUACUAUCCUGCUGUUCUGACCUUUUCCUAUGUUCGAAAGUUGGUCUUACCACCUAUGACAAUAAAUCUCAUUCUCAUGCUCACUUCAACAAUUAAAUAUUACUCUGACAAUGAAAACACUGCUUAA